AUGCCUUCCCCCUCUCAUGCCUUUCCCCUCUCAUGCCUUCCCCCUCUCAUGCCUUCCCCCUCUCAUGCCUUCCCCCUCUCAUGCCUUCCCCCUCUCAUGCCUUCCCCCUCUCAUGCCUUCCCCCUCUCAUGCCUUCCCCCUCUCAUGCCUUCCCCCUCUCAUGCCUUCCCCCUCUCAUGCCUUCCCCCUCUCAUGCCUUCCCCCUCUCAUGCCUUCCCCCUCUCAUGCCUUCCCCCUCUCAUGCCUUCCCCCUCUCAUGCCUUCCCCCUCUCAUGCCUUCCCCCUCUCAUGCCUUCCCCCUCUCAUGCCUUCCCCCUCUCAUGCCUUCCCCCUCUCAUGCCUUCCCCCUCUCAUGCCUUCCCCCUCUCAUGCUUUCCCCCUCUCAUGCCUUCCCAAUCUCAUGUCUUCCCCCUCUCAUGCCUUCCCCCUCUCAUGCCUUAG